AUGGCGUCACAGCGCAUUAACAAGAAGAUCUUGAUAACACAGUAUCAGGAUCCGGAGUUAAGUAUUGAGAAGUUGAUUAAAGAGAGGCCAGAGAAGAAGUACGAGAAGAACCCGAUUUCAAAGGUUAGUUGUGACGCAUGUUCUUUGUUGUCUGAAAUUGAGUGUUGUGUAAAACCGUAGUCGGGGCGAGAAAAGAUGGUAUUACAUUACAGUCGACUUGAUUCUCGUGUCAGAGUGUUCGCCAGUAUUCAGUGAAUUGAUACAUUUAAACGAGAUUCGCUCGAGGUGACACUGAUUGCGUCACAAUCAAUUUGACAUUUGUGACAAAGAGGCGACUAAUUUGAAAAUAUUUCGCAAUAUCUUCUAGCCAAUGACAGUAUUCGUUUACAGAAACCGCCAGCACAACUACCAUCAUCAUUUUUUCAACAGAAAAGGCCUCGAGGGAGCAGUGCGGGUCACUCGCCGCAGGUACUUAUUUCCGGCUCAUUGGAUGGAUAGUCUUACUUGUCCUUGCUUCUUUCCGCUACCGUACAAUGACUGUUUCAAGGACUCAUUUCAGAGCUCUGUAGAUGUGGAUGCAGUGGCCUCCAGCAGUCGAGCGGCGGUCAGUCCGGCCGUGGGCAUGGAUCCUAGCCAGCAAGUAUUCCACAAGAGACAGUUCAGCGCUCCGGAACUUCAUCCCGAUUAUAACAUUGAGUGAGUUUGCAGAAAAACAUGAACAAACGGAACAAAACAAUCAGUUUUAGACGGCCGUCAGUCGCUCCUCAACCUCCACCACCACAGCAAUUUGUCAAUCAUCAACAUUCCAAAGUAAAACAGGACACUUACCAGAUUGUACAAGAAAUGAUUUGCUUUUAUAGAGCGUCUCCGCAUUGCCACCGAUGAAUGUUGGAUUCCCGCCCGAACCAUCUCACGUCAAGUCCGUAUCUCAUGAAGCUAAUUACUCGUACGCCGGAUAUUCAGAGUGAGUCAAUAAGAAGGCGAAUAGUAGAAAAAUUGCAAUUACUAUCCUUUUUUGAAAAACAAUGAAUAACCCAUCUAUUCUGCCAAUACUGACGCAUCUAUUGUUCACUUUCACUGCUGAAAAACAAAUGCGUUUGCUUGCGGAUGUCAAAAAACAACAACACCGUUUUCAUUUCAGAAACCCGCCGACUCAUCAAGGAAUGGUACAACAAGGGCGCGAAAAGAGCAUGUCUCUCGAUCCAAUGAGGAGGCCGUUCAUAAGCCAGCAGGAUGUAGAGCACCUGCCGAUGCCGCAUGGAUGGGAAGUCUGCUAUGAUAGUGAGGGACAUCGUUACUUCAAAGAUCAUAAUACCAAGACGACCACGUGGACCGAUCCCCGGCUUAUUGGUAAGAGCAAUUCAGAGAAAAACAGAUAAAUGAACCACAUUCCUCUUUUUAGCUCCUCCGGAACGAAACUAUUGUGGAGGAGGCGAAGAAAUGAACCAAGGCUACAAUAAUUACUACGACAAUGGAAACUCGUCGCGAUCAUUACCCUCAAUCCAUCAGCACCCGCAGAUGAUUCCGAAUCAUCCACAACCGCAAUACUCUUCUCAGCAACAAAUGGAUUACAUUCAACAGUUACAAAACGAGCGAAUGGUGAUUCAAGAGAAGAACGCGCAGCUGAUGAAUUCAGGACUCUUGGACAGUCCGCAACAGCAAUUCCAGGCGAUUUCGCCGAUGCAGCCGAACAUGAUGGUAAUAAAGCCAUCAUUUUAUGCAUCCAAAAUUAUUAUUUCAGCAUCCUCAUGAUCAGAACUACAUGUACCAACAGCAACAACCUCAACAUUCCCAGCAACCGCAGCAACAGCAGCAGCAACACCCGGUGAUGAACCAAAUGACAAAUCAGUACCAAAACGUGAGUGCAACUUAUGUGAUAUCUCUACAAUCCUUGGUGAUUUUCAGAAUCAAAUGAACGACAACGCGAUGGAGAUUGACUACCAGAUGCCGCCGCAUCCGCAACAACACCAACAUCAACACCAGCAUCAACCUCAGAUGCACCGUCAACUUCAGACCACUUAUGGGAUCGACGUGAGUACAUAAUAUUCCAAAAUAUUCCGAAAUAAAUGCAUUUAGGACAUCAAUCCGCACGAAUUCGACCAGUACCUUCAAAUCAGGGACGGUAACAAUCGUGGAGAGGGCUCGAUGGUGCACCACUAUCAAUAA